AUGACAGUAUCACGGGCGCGACCAGCUUCAAUUCAGCACAAUUUUGAGCUUUCUUCUAAAAGCUUCAAGGGUUUGUGUUUAGCCUUAGAAAAGCACAUUAGCUUUGUUGCUCCUUCUUUGCUUAAUUGCGAGUUCAAGAUCUUGAUGGCUACCGAAAACUUCACUCACACUCUUCGUCCCUUCUUUGACGGAACGGAUUUUCCUAAUUGGAAAUUUCGUAUGGAAAACUACCUUGAUAUGGAUGGUGUCAAUCUAUGGCAAAUUGUUCUUAUUGGUUAUGUUGCUCCUACACAAGAGUUAGAUGGCAACAUCAUACCUUGGCCAAGAAAGGAUUGGACUAGGGAACAUAUUCAAGCCAAUGCUCUCAACUGGAAGGCCAUUUGUGUUAUCUUUUCUUCCUUGGGUAGAGAAGAACAAGGAAGGGUUCAACAUUGCACAAUGGCUCAAGAUAUGUGGAGGAUUCUUGAGAACUACCAUGAGGGAACGGUUCAAGUUAAGAACAAGAAGGUUGAGCUUCUCAUUGGAGAAUAUGAAGGGUUCAAGAACAAGCCCAAUGAGAGUGUAACAGACACUACCAAUAGGCUUCUUUCCAUCAUUACCAAUCUCAAAAAGCUAGGUAAGCAUUACACUCUUGGUGAAAUCAAUGGCAAAAUUAUUCGUUCAUUGCCUCUCCUAGAUUGGCAACCGAAGAUAACCGCCAUUGAAGAAGCCCAUGAUUUGAAGAAAUUGAGAACCGAUGAACUCAUUGGAAACUUGCUUCUUCAUGAGAUGACCUAUAUGAAAGAAAUUCAAGAGUUGAAAAAGGUUCAAGAAGAGAAAACUAAGGGUAUUGCUUUGAAAGCUAAAACUAUUGAAAGUAAUGUUGAAGAAGAGCUUAAUGCUUGUGUUGAAGAAGAUGACGAAGAAAUGGUGUUAUUAUCCAAGAAAUUAAGGGAAUGGAGAACAAGGAAGAAGUCUCAAAUUCAAAGAUAUGAGCAAAAUGGCGAGUCUUCAAACUUCAAAAGAUCAACUACUCCAAAACAAGAUACUCCUACUCCUAAAAGGGAUGUCACUUGCUAUGGGUCUGGUAAACCGGGUCAUACUAGACCGGAAUGUUGGCAAGGGGCAAAAAGAUCCUUUCAAAACGAUAAAAAGGGUUUCAUUACUACUUGGGAUGAUGAAAGUGAAUGUCAAUCCGAUGAAGAGUGUCAAGAAGAGGCAAGAGCAAAUCUUUGCUUCAUGGCUCUAGUUGAUGAGUAUCCAUCCGAGGUAAGUAAUCUAUCCUUUCGCUCUUGGGAUGGUAUAGGUGUAGAAUCUCAUGAUAACUCUAGUAAUAUUGUUGUUGUGAAAAAUGUUGCUAGUGCUUCUAAUGUUGUUAAUGUUGAGAAUGUGUUGGUUGAUGAUUCCUUGGUUUAUGAGAUUGAUGAUGAAUGUCAUGACAUGAUAAAUGAACUAAGUAGCAAAUGUAGUGACUAUCAUGCCAAAAUAAAGCUUUUCAAAAGGGAAGCCUCUAUGGCUAAAAUUGAGAUGCUCAAUUUGAAGAAAGAAAUUCAAGACUUAAAGUCCUCUUUAGAAUCUAUCCCUAAGCAAGAUGUCAAUAUCUUGCUUAAGGAAAAUGAAACACUAAAGAGUGAAAUUCUUUCUCUAAAUAGCUCUAUCUCAAGAUUUCACAAAGGGAAGGAAUCUUUGGACAAUUUUCUUGAUUUCCAAAGAAACCCAACCAUAAAAUUUGGGCUUGGCUAUAGUCACAACCCCUCUUCCUCAAGUGUGACUACUUUUGUGAAGGCUUCUUCAUCUCAAACUUCUUCUAUAGAAGUUCCUCCUUCUUUGGUCAAACCAAAAGAGGUGAAGAAGAGGUAUGUUCAAGCUCCCAAGGCUAAGCCAUUUGUGGCUCCUAAGUCUAAGAGCAAAGCGGGUACAAGACCCCCUAGACAUACCCAUGCUGCUCAAUAUAGUCACAAAUGGGAGAAGAGAAGUAUGAAAAAGAAUCAUGUUCAUUCAUAUCCUUAUGCUCACUCUCAUAACAAUGCCCAUGCUUACACUUAUGAUCACUCUUGUGCACAUUGCUAUGCUCACACUUGUGAGGUUCCUAGAGCCAAGACUUAUCCAUCUUAUGCUCACAUGUCCCCUAGACUUCAAUGUGUUUAUUGCAUGAGAUAUGGUCAUAAGAAUGUUGAUUGCUAUGUUAGAAAGGUGCCAAAGGAAACCGUAGUGAAUAAAACCAAAUGGUGUGUCGAUAGCGGUUCUUCUAGGCACAUGACGGGCCACAUCUCCAACUUCACCCAUUUGGAACAUAAAAAAUUGGGAAGUGUCACCUUCGGUGAUGAUGCCAAAGGUCAAGGCUAUAAUGUCAACUUUGAUUCCAAGGCUUGCUAUGUUAUCCAACCAAUGGAUAAUACGAUUAUCUUCAAAGGACAUCGAAGGCAAAACACUUACAUAAUUGACUUGGAUACGCUUGAAAACCGAGAUGGCAAGUGUUUACUAUCACUUGGCGAUGAAUCUUGGUUAUGGCACCGUAGACUUGGUCAUGCUAGCUUAGACCUCUUAAAUGAGGUUAGCAAGGAUGAACUUGUCAAAGGUUUGCCCAAGCUAAAUUUUUCAAAAGACAAAGUGUGUGGACCUUGUCAAAUGGGAAAACAACACAAGUCUUCUUUUAAAGCUAAAUUUUUUAUCUCUACCACUAGACCAUUAUAA